AUGGGAGUUUCCAUUAACUCUGUUAGUUUUGCAGAUGGAGAGAGAAUAGGAGUCAACAAUGGUCUGAUGGGAGAUAAUUUGCCGUCACAAGACGAGGUGGUAGCUUUGCUGCAGGAAUACAGUAUUGGGAAAUAUAGGAUUUUCAAACAGGAGCCCACUGUAUUCAAGGCCUUUAAGAAUUCUGGUAUAGAAAUAGUGGUUGGGGUGGCUAAUUCCGACUUACAGAACAUGUCUUCCAGUAAGAGUGCGGCGAUGGAGUGGGUUGAUGAGUAUAUAAAGCCCUAUUAUCCUGCCACCAACAUCAAAUAUAUUGUCGUGGGAAACGAAGUCUUGGGAGUGCCCACGGCUGACAGUUAUGUAGAAUAUCUUCUGCCUGCUAUGAAAAACAUCCAAGAAGCGCUUACUAAUGCCAGUCUGGAGAAUAAGAUUAAGGUUUCUACUGCUCUGGCAAUGGACGUUAUUGGGAACUCCAUUUCUCCAAAUAAUGUCUCUCCAUCCAAGGUUACAUUCAUUAAUGCAGUCAAGGAUCAGAUGACAUCUGUUCUUCAAUUCCUCGAGGAUAAUGGUUCUCCUUUUCUGGCCAACGUAUUCCCUUACAAAAGUUAUCUGGACAACAGCUCUGCUGGUUUGGAUUUCGCUCUAUUUAGCAGCUCAGCUCCUAUUGUAAGAGACGGGGAUCUGAUCUACAGGAACUUGUUCGACGCUAUGGUGGAUGCAUUCUAUUCUGGGAUGGAAGGUAUGGGAUAUCCCAACAUACCCAUUGUUGUGUCUGCAAGAGGAUGGCCUUCUAAGGGCAACGGUGAGGUGACUACGAUCCAGAAUACCCAAAACUACAUUAACAAUCUCAUCAGACAUGUUUUAUCAAACGCAGGGAUGCCCAAGAGGCCCGGGAAGAGCAUUGAGACUUACAUCUUCUCUGUUUUCAAUGAGGACAGCAAGACAAACGGGGAGGUGGAAGAGAAAAACUAUGGCCUUUUCUAUCCUGAUAAACAGCCCGUUUAUUCUGUAGACUUCUCUCCCAGCUUUUCGAAAAUAGUUACCAUGCUCUUUUAUAUUGAAAUAGAUGAAUAUAAUUGA